AUGAAGCUUCUUAGUCUUCUGUCCGUUGGGAUCUCUGCUGCGUAUGCGCUCUCAAUCAGCUCGGCGACGCCUGCGGGGGCCUCAAUUGAGUAUCCGCGCACCACGGUCGAGAACCGCAACAACGGCCAUGGCAAGGACAAGGACAAGGACAAGGACAAGUGGGGGAACCACAAGGAGCACCGGAGACGGGUGGUGAAGAUACGAGCGUCCAAGAGCGACAGCGACGACAUCUCCUCGGACUUCCUCUGGGCCAUCAAGAAGGCCAACCACGGCGGGCUGCUGCACCUCGAGAAGGGCAAAACAUAUGUGAUUGGCAAGAAGCUCGACCUGAGCUUCCUCAACGACGUGUACGUCAAGCUCGACGGCGAGAUUAAGUUCACCGACGACCUCGACUACUGGCAGGCCAACAACUUCUACUAUCCGUUCCAGAAGUCCAUCACGUUCUGGGUGUGGGGCGGGCGGGACAUCCGCAUCUACGGCACCGGCACGAUCAAUGGCAACGGCCAGAAGUGGUACGAUGGGUUUGCCGGGCAGGAGAUCCUGGACCCGGGCAACACGUUCUAUCGCCCGAUCCUCUUCUUGACAGACAAUGCGACGAACGUGGAUGUCGAGGGCAUCAAGUUCCUCAACUCGCCCUGCUGGACGACAUUCCUGGUGCGCACAAAGGACGUCACGUUUGACAGAGUCCGGAUAGAUGCGUUCAGCACUAAUAUCUCAGCUCUGCCCAAGAACACGGAUGGCUUCGACUCCUACAACGUAGACGGCUUCAACGUCUUCAACACAGAAGUCAACGUCGGCGACGACUGCUUCUCGCCCAAGCCAAACACAACCAACAUCCACGUGGAGAACCUGUGGUGCAACGGCACGCACGGCGUAUCCAUGGGCUCCAUCGGCCAAUACCCCGGCGUCAAGGACUACAUCUCCAACGCAUACAUCAAGAACGUCACCCUGCUCAACGGCCAGAACGGGGCGCGGCUGAAGGCCUGGGCCGGGCCAAACGUCGGCUACGGCUACAUCUCAAACGUCACGUACGAGGACGUCCACAUCGAGAACACGGACAAUCCCAUCGUGCUGGACCAGUGCUACUUCAACAUCAACGAGACCGUCUGCGCGGCCAGUCCGAGCAGGGUCAACAUUACGGAUGUCAGGUUCAUAAACGUGUAUGGCAGCUCGUCGGGCAAGGAGGGCAAGGUGGUCGCGGAGCUGAAGUGUAGUCCUGGUGCCGAGUGCACGGGGAUCCAUCUGGAGAAGAUCAACAUCACGAGCCCGGUAGGGAGUCCCUCGGAGAUUGUAUGUGAUAACAUAACGGGAGAUAUUGGCGUGGACUGCAUUCCGAGCAGUGAGGCAUCCUGA